AUGAGCGACCUCUCCUCAAUUCUACUCCCGCCUCCACCACCUGCUGCCGCCAUUGACGCCACCCACUCCGCCCAGCCUCCUGCCACCGCCGAGUGCGCCGAGAGUGGCGACAACACCCGCCGGCGGCUGUCGGUCGACUUCUUACUCAACGGCGGCAGCGACAGCUUGGCUGCCUCGGCUUCGGAUACCACCACGACCGACGCCCAGUGCUGCGAUGACACGACGUCGGUCGCGGGCGGCACGGCCUCUGCGUCGUCGUCAACCAACACGUCGCCCCGGUCGUCGGGGGUCCACGCCACUCGCACCACUCGCUGCACUGACGUCCUGCCGCCACUGUCCUCGCUCCUCUCCAACUCGGAGCCGGCCGUCGCCACCAAGGCCGCGGCCCAGGCCCAGCGGGCGGCCCAGCAGCAGCACGGUCGGCGUCGGUCGUGGUCGACCGGCGAGCUGCUGGUCGGCGCCAACCCGCCGCCCGAGCGCCGCCCUGUGGUGACGGUGGCCACCAGCGGCCCACUCGCCCGCGGCCCACCGCCGGCGGCGGGGGCUGGCCAGUCGUCGGGCUUCUUUCUGCCCAUCAACGCCCUGCCCGUCGUGCUCGACAUCGACCGCGACUUCGAGGCCGCAGAGCGCGAACACCGCCAGCGACAACUUCAUCAACAUCAGCAGCUCCACCAGCAACGCCAGCAGUUCCAGCGCCAGCGGCGCCCGCAGCUGCCGCAUCCGCAGCACACGGCGAUGACGCUGGCGAUGAUGCAGAAGCGGAAGCGCGAGCAGCAGCUGAAGGCCGGUGAGCUGGACCAGGACGAGGUCGAGGUGGCCCGCACGCUGGCCGACCCCAACCGAUGGGUCUCCUCGGCCCACCAGCGCCCCACCGCAGCCGCCGCCGAGCGGGACCACCACCCGCCCUUCGCCGCCGAGGCCGAGACCGUGAUGAGCCCCGCCGAAGACGCCCGGCGGAUGCAGCACUACCACCACCAGGCCAAGCGCCGGCGGCACAGCGCGUGCGCCCCGACGCUGGUGGCCGAGGCCCAGCGCCUGUUCUCCUCGCAUCUGGCCGCCACACCCAUCCUGCCCGCCAGCGAGGCCAAGGAGCUCGCCGCCGCCAAGUACGGCACCGCAGGAGCCACGUCAUCGGCCAUAGACCCCAUGGACGAGACCACCACCACUGCCACGGCCGCCGCUGAGCAGCCGCCAGCUGUCGAUGCAGCCAUGGCCAGCACCAACGACACCACGACCGCGGCCGGCAAUGUGAACGUCAACGACAACAACGCGCCGCCGGCGAUAGCGCCGACGUAUCGCAAGGCCGAGGCGUUCCAGUUCAGUCCAGACCAGCAGGACCUGCUGCUGCAGGUGCUCGAGCGCACCCAGCAGCGCGAGGCCCAGCGCAGCAGCGAGGCCGCCGACGCCCACAACAGCGAAAUGGACAUCGCCAGGGAGGGCCGCAGCAGCAGCAUCAGCUCGGGCGGCGGCAGCAGCAGCACCGGCGGGUCGUCAUCGGGCGACGACGGCGAAGUCAACGAAGACGACGACGAAGCGGCGCGGCUGCAGCGGAUGGCCAAGAAGCGGAAGCGGGUCAACGCGCAGCAGCUGGCGGUGCUCGAGGAGUGCUUUGCGGUGGACCCGAUGCCCAACACGCUGGCGAAGCUCAAGCUGGCCGAGACGCUGGGCAUGUCGCCCAAGCGCGUGCAGAUCUGGUUCCAGAACAAGCGGGCGCGGCUGAAGAAGGGCGAACAGAAGAAGCUGCAGGACGCGCUCCAACAGCAGACCAACCACGCCGGCUCGCGGCUGCUGACCUACCACAACCUGCGCAUCGACGACAGCGGCCACAUCGUGAUCAAGGACCCCAUCAGCGCCGACGGCGGCGGCGAGUCUGUGACGCCGACGGCCUCGGCAACUUCGCCGGCGCAGAACCAGCAGCAGUUCGUGCCCAUCGUGCCCCAGCCAACGACCACCGCCUCCGCCAUGUGA